UCUCAGGCCAUCAUGGCGUCUCCCAGUGGGAAGGCAGCCCGCGAGCCCGAGGCUUCUAGCGGCGGGCCGCGGCCCCUCGCCCGGAACCUCGUGGAUUGCGUCGACGAUGCAGAGGGGCUCUACGUGGCGGUCGAGCGGUGUCCGCUGUGCAACACCACCCGCCGCCGGCUGACCUGCGCCAAGUGCGUCCAGAACGGCGAUUUCGUCUACUUCGACGGCCGCGACCGCGAGAGGUUUAUAGACAAGAAGGAAAGGUUAAGCCAACUUAAGAACAAGCAAGAAGAAUUUCAAAAAGAAGUGUUAAAAGCUCUGGAAGGAAAAUGGAUAGCAGAUCAGUUGAGAUGGAAAAUAAUGUCCUGCAAGAUGAGGAUUGAGCAGCUGAAACAAACAAUAUGUAAAGGAAAUGAAGAAAUGAAGAAAAAUUCUGAAAGCCUUCUCAAAACCAAGGAAAAGAAUCAGAAGCUUUACACUCGAGCACAACGGCAUCAAGAGAAAAAGGAGAAAAUUCAGAGGCACAAUCGCAAACUUGGUGACUUGGUAGAAAAAAAAACCAUUGACUUAAGAAGUCAUUAUGAGCGUCUGGCAAAUCUUCGGCGAUCUCAUAUAUUAGAGCUCACCUCUGUCAUUUUUCCAAUCGAGGAAGUAAAGACUGGUGUGAGAGAUCCCGCAGAUGUGUCUUCAGAGAAUGACAGUGCCAUGACCUCCAGCACUGUGAGCAAGCUUGCUGAAGCCCGGAGGACAACUUACCUGUCAGGGAGAUGGGUCUGUGACGAUCACAAUGGGGACACCAGCAUUAGCAUUACAGGGCCUUGGAUUAGCCUUCCCAACAACGGGGACUACUCUGCUUACUACAAUUGGGUGGAAGAGAAGAAAACCACACAGGGGCCUGACAUGGAGCAUAAUAACCCUGCUUACACGAUCAGUGCUGCGUUGUGCUACGCGACUCAGCUGGUCAGCAUUGUGUCUCACAUACUUGACGUAAAUCUUCCCAAAAAGCUGUGCAACAGUGAAUUUUGUGGGGAAAAUCUCAGCAGACAGAAAUUUACUCGAGCAGUGAAGAAGCUAAAUGCAAAUAUUCUUUACCUAUGCUUCUCUCAGCAUGUAAAUUUAGACCAAUUACAACCACUGCAUACCCUCAGGAAUCUAAUGUACCUGGUCAGUCCGAACUCUGAACACCUAGGCAGGUCAGGACCCUUUGAAGUGCGAGCAGACCUUGAGGAGUCCAUGGAAUUUGUGGAUCCCGGAGCUGCUGGAGAAUCAGAUGAGAGUGGAGACGAGCGCAUGAGUGACGAGGAGACCGACCUGGGCACGGACUGGGAGAACCUGCCGAGCCCCCGGUUUUGUGAUAUCCCUUCCCAGCCUGUGGAAGUCUCCCAGAGCCAGAGCACCCAGGUGUCACCGCCCGUCGCUAGCAGCAGUGCGGGCGGGAUGAUCUCCUCUGCCGCAGCCUCGGUGACCUCCUGGUUUAAAGCUUACACUGGACACCGUUAAAAAGCAUGGACC